GCGCAGCGGCAGAACGUUCGCUGCACUCUGAGCUGAAGGCUAGCGCUCAUACCAGAAUGAUCCGAUCUGCUGCUGCUGGGGUUUGUCUGUCACUGAUGAUUUCAGGAGUUCUGUCACUGUCCGUGGACUCCAGAGAAACAGCUGCUCCUCAGCGGGCGGUGCGCCGCAGCCUGGCGCUGUGUGCCGGAGAGCAGCAGUAUGUGGACCAGAGGAAGCAGCUGGUUGAGGAGGCUCUUCACAGGCUCCUCAUCAACUGCAGCGAGGACUCGGUUCCCCACAUCGUUCUGCUGGCGUCCGGCGGGGGUCAGAGGGCAGCCGUCAGUCUGGUGGGUUCUCUCUAUCAAAUGGCACAGGAUGGCCUGCUGGACUCUCUGCUCUACCUGGGGGGAGUUUCUGGCUCAACAUGGUCGAUGGCCUCUCUGUACAGUGACCCUGAGUGGAGCUGGAACAUGGACAGAGCCCAGUCCAGGCUGUCAGGGGACGGGGUGGAGCUCCAGGACGCUCUGGGAUGGUUGAACAAGACGGCAGCAGAGGAUGGCUUUUCCCUGAGUGAUGUCUGGGGGGUGUUGACCUCUGCAGGCAUCAUGAAGCAGAUGGAUGAGCGGCGUCUUUCAGACGAGGCCAACAGGAAUGCGUCCAACCCUUACCCCAUCUACAGUGCUGUAGAGAAGCAUUGCUAUUCACAUGGACCAAUAGAAGCUAAGUGGUUUGAGGUAAGCCCUCAUGAGGCUGGAUUCACGGAGCUGGACCUUUUUGUUAAUACGUCUCUCCUGGGCAGCAAAUUCCAGAUGGGAGACCUGCUGGAAAAGAAACCAGAGAUGGACAUGAUCAAACUACAAGGUGUUUUCGGUUGUGCGUUAGCUCAUGAGGAGCUGGUCGUGGAGUUCGUCCCCGACUGGCUGAGAGUGGGCGACUCCGUAAAUGUUCCUGCUCAAGAGUACCUGCGAGUAUACAACACUCUUCACAAACUGAUUGGUCUGACCAGAAUGACCGUUAAAGAUCCUGCUGGUUUGACCCAACUGGACAAGCUGCAGAAACGACUACAAGACCAAGUCAGUCGGAAUGAGUCGGCCUUGCUGGAGUCAAAGAGCUUGGAGGAGAGAGAAGCUCUCUUCCAGCGGUGGGGUCUGGACCUGGUGACCACGGUCACAACCUGGACUGAAAGUCUGGAGGACGGACCGUUCAAAGCUCUCGUUUCCAUGCUUACUAAGCAAGUCAUUCCCCUGAUUCUGAAAUGGGAGUGGGGUACGACUGAAAACUUCCUCUACAAGUAUCAAGAUUCAACAGUUCCAGCUUGUCUUUUGAUGGAAGAAAGAUUCCAACUGGUGGACGCCGGGGCGCUCAUCAAUGUGGGCUACCCUCCGUUUCUGGGAGACAAGAGAGAUAUUGAUCUCAUCAUUGCACCAGAGUACAGUGCUGGAGACAUGUUUGAGACUCUCACCCUUGCCAGAGACUACGCAGCCAAGGUGAAGAAACCGUUCCCAGUAAUAGACGACAGGAUCUUGGAGGACAGAGAUUGGCCGAAGGACUGCUACGUGUUUGACGGAAAGGAGAACGAGCCCACCAUCAUCUACAUGCCCCUCUUCAAUAGACACAACUGCAAAGAUGCAAAACAGUUCACCGAAAACAUGGACAAGUUCUCAACCUUCCAGCGCCCCUUCAGUCAAGACAUGGUCGAGUCCCUUUUGGCAACGGCAAAAACUAACAUGAAGAACCACAGGGAGACUCUGCUGAGGGAGAUCAACAAGGCCGUCCUCCGCCGACAGAACAAGAGGAAGUCGUAAUAGAGCUGGCCAGAAAAUCAGAGAAGGACUUCCUACAUGUGCUCUCUUGUCCAGCCAACAUACACUAACUGAAGGCACUGGACAUGUUUCCAUAAUUCUUUUAAUUCUUAUUCGUAGUUUACAUGAAUUAGUUAUUUAGUAAUUCUUAUACAUAGUUUACAUUAGCUGUGCACUUUACACACUCUUCUGCGAAUGCAUUUCUAGAACAGUCCUGUGUGUGAACAGCAGUGAACCAGCUUUGCUUUUUUUCAUUUUGGCAGAGGGGUUUUAUAUGUGAAAACACCACAAAGAAGUCAGUUUUAUUAAAUAUACUUUUAUGAACAAGUAUACCAUUAUUACAAUUAGUGUACUUUAUUAUUAGUAUAGUUCAGGUUUUAUUAGCUAUGCAUGUACAGGUUAAAGGUUAAAAGUACCUUUUUAAUCCCUAGAGGAGAGAUUCCGGUGGCCACACAGCGCAGCAGACACAUCGGUACAGAUUACUGACAUAUCAGUAAACUAACACAACUUAACAGAAAGCAGACCAUCAUCAGAAACGCCCCAUAACAAGACUGGUUUAACAGGACCCCGCCCUCCUGAGCCUGUCAGUCCUGCAGUGCACCGAAAGGAGUCGUGCACGGUGGUUGCCUUGCUGAGCAGCAGGGGGGGUGAUAGUGAGGAUGGACUUAAUCCCCCUCCUCCUUCUGUUCCCCACCAGUUCGCCAAUAGCCUCCCCCCCCCAAUCACCGACACACACCCUUUGAAUGGCAUCAGUUCCCCCGGCACACCACAGCAAGAAAUCCUGCACCAUCCAAAACGGACUGGUAGGAAAGGCCCAGCAUUUCUCUGCAGACAUCAAAAAGAGGAAGUACUGCUCUGCCCUGUUUAUAUGCUGCAUCAGCACUGACCAGUCCAGUCUGUGGUCCAGGUGGACACCCAGGUAUUUAGUGACCACCUCCAUACACUCACCAUCGAUCUGCACCGGUCGGUGCUGUAGCUUCUACCUGCCACGGUCCACCGCCGUGAGCAGGUCGACGCCGCCUCUUCCUACAUCGCUUUCUGUGUGGACAGCAUUUUCCCCUCCAAGACUGUCACAACAAUUUCAUGGUUUUUUGCUGAUUUCCCAGCAAUAAACCACGGAUCACCGAGGAGCUCAAAGAAAUCCUCAACAAAAAGAAAAGGGUCUUUUUCACUGGUUCAGAACUAGAGAAAAAAAGGGAAGGUAAGCGGGCCAUAAAAGCAGCCAAGCUGAAGUACAAAACCAAAGUUGAGGAAAAAUUCACACAGGGGAACCUCCGCUCAGCUUGGCAGGGCUUGAAGAACAUGGCCGCCGUGAACACUGCCUCCACCUGCAGAAGCUCCACCCAUGGGGACGGCAGCAGCCCUACACCUCUGCCCAAUGACCUCAAGUCUGUUUCCACCAGGUCCGAAAGAGACAGCAGCACAGCCCGAAGAGAUCAGGUCCACACUUCACUCACCUUCAACAGAGAGAAGGUGACCAGAGGCCUGAGGGGGACCGGAGAGACCAGCGCCCGGGCCGGACAACAUCAGUGGUGGUGUGCUCACACUCUGUGCAGAACAGCUGGGAGCAGGUGGAGGUGUUUGAAGUGGAGGGGCGAGGGUUAGUGUGGUUAGGCUGAGUGUGGAUGUUCUGGCAGGAGGUGCAGGCCGGCAUCUUCAACCACUGCAGCGUCAGCUUCCUGGUGGAUCUGCUGCACAGCAUUCUGGGACUGUGACAGGCUGUCUCUCCGUGGUCUCACCCCCACCUGAAAGUUUAAAACAAUGAAACCUUUAUGAACACAUUAAAGAUGUCAUUGGAAAAAAUAAACAAGCUCCAAUAUAUUAUGCUCCCAUGUGAGAUCCCCCACAUAUAUCAUUAUGACCAAUUUUAUGUACUACUUAUCUUGUAUCAUCCAAAUAUCCAGAGA